ACCCGCCGCCGCCGCCGGGAGCCGACCAAAGCUCGAGCGCCAGCCAUGUCCAUGGGAUCUCUCAUCGCGUCCAGGCUGGCCAGGUCCGGCCACGCCCUCGCCAACCGCGCCAUCUCUCAGGCUCCCAGGGCUCCCCUUCACACGACGUCUCCCCUACUCUCCAGGCUCGGAUCAGUGGCCCGCGCUUUCAGCUCGAAGCCUUCCGCGGCAGAUGUCAUCGGGAUCGAUUUGGGCACGACCAACUCAUGUGUCUCCGUCAUGGAAGGAAAGACACCUAAGGUAAUUGAGAAUGCUGAAGGCGCAAGGACAACGCCUUCCAUUGUUGCCAAGAACAAGACUGGCGACCUCUUGGUCGGCAUCACUGCCAGUCGGCAGGCAGUCACAAAUGCCCAGAACACAGUUCGUGGGUCCAAGCGUCUGAUUGGUAGGUCUUUUGAUGACCCCCAAACACAGAAGGAGAUGAAGAUGGUGCCCUACAAGAUUGUCAGGGGACCAAAUGGUGAUGCCUGGGUUGAGUUGGCUGGGCAGCAAUACUCCCCGAGCCAGAUUGGUGCGUUUGUUCUCACCAAGAUGAAGGAAACUGCAGAGGCUCACCUUGGCAAGUCGGUCUCCAAGGCUGUUAUUACAGUGCCGGCUUAUUUCAAUGAUGCUCAGCGCCAGGCUACCAAGGAUGCUGGUAGGAUUGCUGGACUGGAGGUGCUCAGGAUUAUCAAUGAGCCCACUGCUGCUGCUCUGUCAUAUGGAAUGAACAACAAGGAGGGCCUGAUCGCUGUCUUCGACUUGGGUGGUGGUACUUUUGAUGUCUCCAUCCUUGAGAUCUCCAAUGGAGUUUUUGAGGUAAAGGCAACUAAUGGAGACACUUUCCUUGGUGGUGAGGACUUUGACGCUGCAUUGCUGGACUACCUGGUUGGUGAGUUUAAGAAGUCUGACAGCAUUGACCUGAGCAAGGACAAGUCUGCUCUGCAGAGGCUCAGGGAAGCUGCUGAGAAGGCCAAGGUCGAGCUUUCCUCAACUGCACAGACUGAUAUCAACCUUCCCUUUAUCUCGGCUGAUGCCUCUGGUGCGAAGCACUUCAACUUGACCUUGACCAGAUCAAAGUUUGAGUCUCUGGUGGGCAAUCUUAUUGAGAGAACUCGCAGCCCUUGUGUGAACUGCCUCAAGGAUGCUGGCAUCUCUGCCAAGGAGGUUGAUGAGGUUCUGCUGGUCGGUGGUAUGACAAGGGUGCCAAAGGUCCAGGAUGUUGUUUCUCAGAUAUUCGGCAAGUCACCAAGCAAGGGAGUCAAUCCUGAUGAGGCUGUUGCCAUGGGAGCUGCCAUCCAGGGUGGCAUCUUGAGGGGUGAUGUGAAGGAGCUCCUGUUGCUGGACGUCACACCCCUUUCCCUCGGUAUUGAGACUCUUGGAGGCAUCUUCACAAGGCUAAUUACCCGGAACACUACGAUCCCAACCAAGAAGAGUCAGACAUUCUCCACUGCUGCAGAUAACCAGACACAGGUUGGGAUCAAGGUUCUUCAGGGUGAGAGGGAGAUGGCUACAGAUAACAAGCUUCUCGGUGAGUUCCAGCUUGAAGGUAUUCCACCAGCUCCAAGGGGCCUGCCACAGAUUGAGGUCACAUUUGACAUUGAUGCCAAUGGUAUUGUCAAGGUGUCAGCAAAGGACAAGCAAUCUGGCAAAGAGCAAGAUAUCACCAUCAAGUCUUCAGGUGGUUUGUCUGACAGUGAUAUCGAGAAGAUGGUGAGGGAGGCAGAGCUACACUCUCAGAGGGACCAGGAAAGGAAGUCGUUGAUUGAUAUCAAGAACUCUGCAGACACCACGAUCUACAGCAUCGAGAAGAGUGUCAGUGAGUACAAGGACAAGGUUCCUGCUGAGGUUGUUACAGAAAUCCAGUCUGCUGUUUCUGAUCUGAGAUCAGCAAUGGCUGGUGAUGAUUUGGACAACAUCAAGCAGAAGCUGGAAGCCGCAAACAAGGCGGUUUCGAAGAUCGGGCAGCACAUGCAAGGUGGUGGGGGAGCUGCUGGCGGCAGUGGCAGCAGUGGUGGUGACCAGACUCCGGAGGCUGAAUACCAGGACCCCAAGGAGGCCAAGAUGUAGAUUUGAUCUGCAUCAGGUCUCUACUUUUUUGUGUACCCAGUUUAGGAAGUUAAUAUAUUCAUCUACCUCCGGCUGCUUAGAUUUCUCUAUGAGGGCUACGAUACCUGUAACUUUUUGGCAAUUGUUCGAGUUGCGGAUAAAUUGUGAGUGGAACAAACUCAUAACCUAUAUCAGCUAUUAUAUUGGGCCAUUCGCCACAUUGUCCUGUUGCCUGA